AUGAAGAUUUUAAUUGUCGUCUGUUUGUUAAUUGCAGUAGCGCAAUGCCAAAUAAUAAAUACAAAUUUUCUGAACGACAUAUUCUCAAACAUAAACCACCAGCUGCAAACAGACAUCCAAAACCAUGUCCGUGAUGUUCAACAGAAAAUAAAUGACAAUGUCCGGAAUGAACUGUUAAAAGUCGAUCAAUUAUUAACCGAAAUUCGACAACGUCCGAUCCCAUUGCCGAGCAGCGGACAAACAAUAAUCGUUAAUGGUGGUAGUAGAUCUUCACACACGGUACUUUCAGGCACGACCCCUGAUGGCGAACCAUAUUUUCGAGAUAUCGAGGAUCGAGUUGAUGGAAACAUUUUACAUCGCACCGAGACUAUUUACAACCCGAAGCUCAGAAGUAUGGAAAAAUAUCAUUACACCCUUGACUUGACCAAGCCUAAUGCCAAGCCAGUUCUGGUGUCGGACACAAUCGAGCCCAAUGGUAAUAAUUAA